AUGACAAGAAAACGCAAAGUAGAAAAAAAAAUCCUUCACAUUAACACUGAGUAUUCAAACUCAUCUUACCACACUAAUCAUCUAUUCGUUAUAAUGAGUGAAUUGGUCAACUAUAUACACGAGUUUGGGACUGCAUUAAAAGAAGAAAACCCCAGUGAUUUUAUAAAAUGUAUAACUAUCAGUCCUACAAUUACAAUAGCUAAUACUCGUAAAGAGUUCCCAGAACCAAAUGAUGUUGAUUUGUUUCAUAUUCCAGAAAAGUUUAGACCGGUUUUAAAAUGUCAUAUUCAAUUAAUGAAAGCAGUUUAUAAUGAAAAAUCACUCGAUAAGGCAUUCGAUGUACUAAACCAGUUGAUUUUAAAUUUGAUAAUGGCCAGUGAUUUUCUAACCAAUUGGAUAAAUCGUCCAUUAAUCAAAAGUCUUAGUGAAUUAGUCGCCAUUUAUAAAACCAAAGAAAGCAGAAACCCAGAAGACUUGGACUCAUUUAUUGAGGAUGAUGCCGAUGCUUUUGGUGGGACUACACAAUCUCAAAAGAGUUGUUUGGAAUCUUUAGUAAUAACCUUCAGAAAAGCUUGUCAAUUAUCUCUUGGAGAUAAAAAUUUAGAUUCGGAAUUGACUAAACGAAAUGAUGUCUAUUAUUUUUUAGCAAAUUUUGUGAAAUAUUGCUUUAAGUUGGGUAAAUUGGAUUUGGCUAAAUCGGUUAUUAAAGCUGUGAAAAAUAUCAGUAAUAGAUUACCAGCACUUGAUAGUACAGUGAAAACCAAAAAAUAUGGUGUUAUUUAUUUAUAUUACCAAGCUUUGAUGGCAUUAGAUGAUGGUGAUUAUAUUGAGAGUGAAGAGAAUCUCGAGUAUGCAAUGAAAUUAAUGGAUGACUAUCAAGAUUUAAAAAGUAAUCAACUUGGUCAAAUUUUGUUAGUGUUAAUCCCCUUAAAGUUACAUAAUCAUGGCCAAUUCCCACUGAAAAAGAUCUGGUUAAAAUACCCGGUUUUAAGAUCUUUAUAUCGUGACAACUUUUUGAAAGCUAUAUUGGAAGGUAACAUUGCCAGGUUCAAUCAAUCUUCAGAGAAGUUUCAAAUCAUAUUAUUGAAAAAACAUUUAUAUGUUCUAAUAGAAAUGUUGAGGCCUUUGGUACAUUUGCAGUUGAUUAAAAAAACGUAUCGUUUGAUUAUGGAAUUGAACUCUGAUUCAAAAUCAAAACACUUGGUUCCUAUUAGUGCAUUCCAAUUAGCAUUAGAGUACUCAACUUUCAAUAAAGACUAUGAAUGUGAUUUCAAUUUUGCUGGAGACCAUUUAUAUGCUAUCAGUAAGAGUGAAACUGAGUGUAUUUUGGGGUAUUUAAUAUCAAAGGGAAGAAUAAGGGCAUACCUUAGUACUCUUAAGGAGGGAUAUGUUGUAUUUGCCAAAACAGAUACUUUUCCUAAACCACAGUGA